CCACGUGGCAUUAUCGUCUCCGUCCUCUGGGGCAUGAACUUGAACUUGUCGUCUUGUUCGUCGUGCUCGGUUACGAUCGAACAGAGAAUUUUCACUUUUUCAGGUGAAGAGAAUGGCGGCUGUUGCCGGUCUGAUUCGACAGCGUUUCAUGCAUUCGCUUCGGGCUGAGUUGAAUCACGGGUGUGCACCGUCGUAUGUUCUGCUGGACCUGGUCCACGGAACUCGGUGGCUCAGUGGCGGAACUGAGUCGAAUCGGACCGAGUUCCCGGUGGAGAACGCGUAUGUCAUAUUGGGAGUUUCUGAAAUUAGCUCAGUUGCCGAGAUCAAGGCAUCGUUUCGCAGGCUCGCCAAGGAGACUCACCCAGACCUUGCCGAGUCGAAGAAAGAUCCAUCUUCAUCGAAACGUUUCGUCCAGAUUCUCGUCGCUUAUGAGAUUCUUUCAGAUUCUGAGAAGAGGGCACAUUAUGACAGGUAUCUGUUAUCCCGGAGAAUGGUCGUGACAAACCACUCUAGACAAGGCUCGAUGCUUUACAGAUACGAAUCACGAAUGACAACGAGCAAGGAGAUGGAAGUAGUUGAAUGGCUAAAAUGGUAUAGAGGCGCCAUAAAUGAUAUAGUAACAGAGAGGAGAGUAGCAAAUGGCUCAGGCUACUUCGACGUACUUGAAGCAGAUCUCUAUUCAGCCAUUAAAGCUGCAUACUUUGGGCCUGACAUAGACUCGAUGGAGCUUCUACCCGACUGCUUUGAAGCCGAGGAAAGGUCUGUGUGCGAUACUCCGGAGGUUCUGCACUUGGUAUCAGGACGGGACCUUUUUGGAAUGGUCUGCGUGGAAGAUAACUCUCUUGAACUGUCCUCUUCUUGCCAUGCCAAGUUGGCUUCUUCAUUUUGUAUGGAUCAGGAUAUGAACCAACUUGUCGAGAAAGCAAGCUGUGACGUGAAGUCUGAUGAUAUGAUUGGUGCUCGGGUAUCCUGCAUGCAAGUCUCGAGAAAUGAAAGUAUUGUUUCAGAUGCAUAUAAAGAUAUCCAGCUGCAUAUAUCCGGAAGAGUUGUUGCUACAGGCAUUAGGAUUCCCCCGCAAGGGUAUUGUGAAGGGAAACAAAAUGAGGAUGUUAAUGACCGCAUUCAUGUUUUCCUUAAUUUAGAUGAAGGGUCUAAUAAUGCCAACAGAUGGUAUUCAUCUCCCAGAUUUGGAAAUGGAUCCGGAGUUCUUCUUGGAAGCGUUAGUGGUCUUGGGACAAACCCAGAUGAAGGCUCAUGCUAUGUCUAUGAUGGGAAUGGUGUGAAGACUCAUGUUGUCAUGAAACAUAGGACAUUCCUGGUGAGGCAUUUGCAUUGGUACAGGAUUGGGGAUACAGUUUCCAUUUGUGAGUGUAGAUGCAGUAGAGCAAAGUUACCACCAAGCAAGUUUUGGCUGUUCGAGCCUCGUUGUGGCUUACAUGAUGUUGGAGGCUGGUACAUUGAAACUUUCGGGAAGGAUAAAAAGGGCCGGACAGUCCUUUCACAAAGAUUCUGGGAUGGGUUUGAAGUGAGUGAGACAUUUGAUGGGAGACUCCAUCCAGCUAUCUACUUGCUUACAAUUGCAUACCGAACUCUUGAUCUUGAAGAUGAGAAAAGAAGGAAACACUCGGUGGUGGGUAUCAUUGAGGGAAGGCUAUCAAAAGCCUUGGAUUGGUGUAAGAAGUUGGUACGGAGAGGGACCCUUGGAACUUGAUGCCAAAAGACAAACCGAAGAAGAUUCCUUCCGCCAACAGUGAGAAAAUUUUGCAAGAGGCAACUCAAAGACUGAAACUUUUUGUGCAAAUCAGUCCUUCAGAGCAGGACCUAAGUGUGCUAAAAUUUGCAACUAGUGGGCUUGAGGGGGUCAAGCUGGGUCCUGCAAAGAAGUUGCCAGAAUGCAGAUAUAGGACAACUUCUAAAGCUAACUCUCAGUAUAUACGAGGAACCACUUAUUAUAUGGAGCUUUCUCUCCCAAUAGGCUCUGCUCUGUAUUAUGAUAAAGACCCAGGACUUGACGAAUGAUGAAUGCACCAGAAAGCAAAAGCUCUGGCUUAUAGAUUUUGCGGGAAACAGAAGGAACUCAAAAAGUUCAAAGCUUUUUCCAAGAAUCAUCAUCGAGGUAGGGUUUUGGCAAUGGUUUUCACCAUUGCCCCUUUACCCUCCUUAACCUAACUGCUGAGAA